UUUUCUGCCAGCAGAACUUGUGAAAAUUGCAGUCAGUUUGCUUGCUAGUGUUGUUCAUUCUAUGGAAGGUUGUCAUUUCAAAACUAUCUCAAUGUUUUGUUUAAGCAGGGUUUCAUGAGGAUAAUUUGUUUUCUCCAUGGCACCUCAUAAUUUUGGUUAACAAUACCUAAAGGAAUCUGAAGAGCCUGUUCCACAUUAUCCACAAAAAUGUGGCACGAGGCUAGAAAACAGGAGCGGAAAAUCCGUGGAUUGAUGGUUGACUAUAAAAAGAGAGCAGAAAGACGCAGGGAGUUUUACGAGAAAAUUAAAUUAGAUCCUGCCCAAUUUGUGCAUGUGUAUGGAAGGCCGUACAAGAUACAUCUAGAUCCAGCUACAGCCAUGGCUGCUGAAGGACCACAAAGCAUGAUGCCAUGGCAAGGACAUACCAACAAUAUGAUUGACAGAUUUGAUGUUCGAGCGCAUUUAGAUUUUAUACCAGAAACUGAUGGCAAGUUAACAAACCCUCUUAAAUCGAGUAUAGAUGAGGAAGAAGAAAGACAUUGUAAUUAUGAAAGAUAUCGUUCACUGGUAGAAAAUGAAGCUGCUGGAUUAACUGAGGAACAAAGUUUACAUCAGAUAUAUUUAGAUGAACAAUUUGGUCCAAUCAAUCAUCCGAGUAAUGAAGAGGAAAAGAAAAAAUCUGAUAAUAAAGCUGCUAUAGGUUUUACGUACGAUGAUUCAAGUGGAGGAGGAGGGAAGAAAGGAAAGCGAGGAGUUGUAGAAGAAGUUGUUAGUGAUGUAGAAAGUGAUGAAAGUAGUGAUACAGAUAUAGAAGCUGCUGAUUUAGAUGUAACAUUAGAUGUGGAUGUAUUAACACCAGACCAAACUGUAGCUAUCAAUAAAUGUGCUGAACGCUACGGAAUGAAAGAUGAUGAUUUUAUUAGGUUGUUACGUAAAGAUAAAGAUGAAGUAGAAGCUUUACGACAGGCAAAAUUAAUGGAGGAAGAAAAGGCUCAAUUCUCAGGGCGUAAAUCACGACGAGAGAGACGAGCCUAUAAAGAUAAAAGAUUAAUGGGUCGGAAAGUUAGCCCACCAAGUUAUGCAGCAAGAGAUAGUCCCAAGUAUGAACCUUAUAAGAAGGACUCCUCAUCUUCACGAUCUAGAUCACGUAGUCCAGAUGGACCAACCAAGGUGAUGUUCAUCACAAGUUUUGGGGAUGAAGAAGACCAUCCUGUUCAAGGACCCUGUCUUCCAGCUGCUGAUAAUGUUAACAAAACUGAGUCAAAGGGAAAAUCCCGAUUAUCUUCGAAUCGUGAAGAUCAUAAAACUUCAUUUAGACGUCGCAGAUCAUCUUCAUCAUCGUCUAGGUCAAGGUCACGUGAUAGAAGGUCGCGUAGUAGGAAUCGAAGGAGUGGUAGUUCCCCAAAAAGGUCACAGUACUCUAGUCGUAAAUCUAAACAAACAUCAGAUAAAUAUCACAAUAGAGACCGGUCUAGGUCAAGGUCUAGAAAAAGGUCACGAUCAUCCAGCAGCAGGUCAAGGUCAUCAUCAUAUUCUAGUUCAAGUUCAUAUAGUUCCAGGUCAAGGUCGAGGUCCCGAUCUAGAAGUCAAUCAAUGAGUCCUAAACCGGUCAUAAAGAGUUACAGAAGAGAAAGUCUGUCAUCUAAAUCAGACAGCUCUUCUGAGGAUGAUCGUUCCAGAAACAACAGAAAUUAUUCCUCUAAGAAAACACCGUCUAUAUUAUCAGUUGGUAAACACAAAACAUCUUCGUACAGUUCUAACCAAAGCAAAUUAACUCCACAAGAAAAAAUGAAGAGGAAAAUGCAGGCUGCUUUAUCAAAACAAUUCAAAGUAGACAAAAAGGUUGAACUGGAAAAAACAGAAAAAAGUAUGCAAGAAAGAAUGGAUCGUGAAGAAGAUUUAAGAUUACGGUCUUUAGAGAUGAGACGUAGAGAACGAGAGAAACGACAUAAAGAAAUGGAGGAAUACGACCGUGAUAGAAGUCGUAGUCGAAGUAGAAGCCCUGUACGAUCUAAAAAACGAAGUCGUAGUCGAUCACCUAGAUCCAGACAUUCAAGAAGGUCAAGGUCGUAGGCCUUGUUCAGAGGUACCAGACUGCUAAUAUUCCAUCUUCAACAUAACAUCAAAAUAUAAUAUUACAGAGGAGAGAUUAUCUGUGUCAAAAUAUAAUAUUACAGAGAAGAGAUUAUCUGUGUGAAAUAAAACUACACUUCCCAACUUCAUUAUUCGAGUUGGUGCAAAUAAAUAGGAACUUUUCAAAUACGCCAUCGGCUUCAUUAUUCGAGUUGUUCCAGAUAAUUGGAACUUAUUUGGCUGUGUUUGGCCAGAUAAAUUGGAACUUUUCAAAAUACCGCCUCUGUCUUCAUUAGCUGAGUUGAUGCAGAUUAGUUGGAAAUUUUCAGAACAAGGCUCCGUCUUCAUUAGCUGAGUUGAUGCAGGAAAGUUGGAACUAAUACCCCAUUUCAUUGUGAAAUACACCUGUGAGAUUAUUGCUAGUUAUUGUGAAAUGAAUCUUGUGAGACCAAGUUAUUGUAAAACGAAUCUUGUAGCACCAAGUUAUUGUGAAAUUAAACUUGUGAGACCAAGUUAUUGUGAAACAAAUCUUGUGCUCGACCAAUUUAUUGUGAAACGAAUUUUGAGAAGCCAAGUUAUUGUGAAACGAAUCUUGUGAGACAAACAAAAUGUGAAUUGUUAUAUCUCUCAGUACCUUAGGCCAUAAAAAAAAAAUUAUUUUGAUUCUCAGAUUAUCCAACGUCACUUAGAAAAAGCUGCAUAACCUGUUUUUGUUAUAAAAAAUGAAAAAUAAAAACGGACUCAUUAAUUUCCCCAUGUAAAUAUUUUAUCCUGGUUACAGGAAGUAAAUCUGUAAAAAAGUUUUAAUGUAUCCAUAGACUCAUUUAUCAAGUACACAACCCUGAUAAAUGUUACCAACAAUCAUAAAUGAUACUGGACAAUCGUACAUUCCUACAAACAACAAUUUGAUGUGUAUAAAAGUCAUUUAGCCAAGUAGUGGUCCCUUGACAAAAUAAAACACAAAAAUAAAAAUGUCCCUCCCUCAUCGGAUUUUUGGUAAGGAUUGUCUUGAGAAACAGAAUAUUUUUUUUGUUUGGCCUUAUAGAAGUGAUUCAUGGUGGCGUUCAAAACAGUUUGUGUUGAAAAUAUUAAAGCUCCGAAGUGAUUGUUAAUUCAUUGUAAUUUUGUGCAUAUCAUUAGGAUGUUUUUGGAAGUGAAAAGCAACAAACCCUGGAUGAAAAAAACCCAUCUGUAAUAAUUAAACAUACAUUAGGCAAGAGGUAAAUCUGCCUAUUGCAGGUCUUUCUUUAGGCCUUAAAUUUUAUAUAAACUAUUAAUUAGAUAUUAAUUAACUUGACAGGACCAUAAUCAACCCUCACUGCCAUCGUUAGCCUGCAAUGUUUACUGGAUUUGAAUACAUUUUGUGAUGGAUAAUUUAACAUUAAUAUGGUUAAUCGAGAUUUGAUUUGUUAUACAAAUGUCUGACGACAGAGACUAGCCUAAAAUUCAAUCGCUAAUAUCUUGGUUCAGAGUAAAGCAAUUUGACCGAAAUUUUCAGCAUAUUUUGUUUUCAUUAUCCAUUUUUUAACUAUUAUAGCAAGAACUGUCAGUUCUUUAUCUAAUCUUACCUAAUGCCUCUUUAACCCUUAUUGUAAAUAAUAAUUACCCCAGUCCCUGAAAUAAUUAAAUGUAUUUUUACACGAAGUUUUGUAUCAAAUAUCAAAAGCACCUAAAACUAAUAUUGUUGUAUCCGGUUUUGAAUUCAAACUUUAUUGACUGAUCAAAUGUGUUUUACAAUGGCAUGUGUGAUUAAUAUUUUAUAUUUGUUUAAAAUGCACAAAUUAAGACGCCAUUUUUUUGUAUAUAUGAGAUAUAAUAUAAAGUUUACAUGAUGUUGAGAGUGCUAGGUGUUGAGUAUGAUGAAAGACCAUUUGAGAUACUAUAGUCCUGAUCAGAGGUCGCAGUGGAUCAAUUUCGAGUUCAAAAAUUUUGCGUUUUUGCUCUCUACAUCUGUGUGAUUUAGAGUCUCUCAAUAGAAGCACGUAAAAUCGUUACGUGAACAACCCUAUUUUAAGCGUUCUUAUUUCAUAGAUAUUGUAUUUAGUCUAAUGACGACAUAAAGUUGACGGCAUGUCUAUGGUUGACGGCAUGUCUAUCAGGGCUUGCCACGAGACGCGAGCAGUUUCUCGCGCUCGCGCUGUGCUCACGUAAAUCUACAUUUACGCGAGCGGUUCGUUGCUCGCGCAAAAUUUUAAGAAAACCCUGUAAAAAUAAUCAAAAUAUUGACAAGUUUAUUGCCGAAACUAAACCAACAAUGUCAAUAACUUCAUAAAUUCGUCUGUCAAACUGAGAUUCACCCAGCUGCAGGCGGCAUUUCCUCCUUAAAUUUGAUUGGCUAAAAAUUUACUCAGCACUCUUGUUACUAAAAAUACACUUUAGACCUGAACGUUAUGACUGGUUUUCCUACGAACACCAGUAACGAACGCGUGAUAAUCGAGUCUAAAGUAAAGAAUGUUUACAUCCCGGCAUUAGGCAUUCACGCUAAAUGAACACGUUUCAAACUAAUAUUUAUCGGUAUUUUCUAUUUUAUCAGAACUUCGGUUUUUAUUCCAUUGUGCAGUCGUAUAAUUUUCAAUCUAAGCGUAAUAAUGGCCAAAGGCAACCUGAUUGCCCUAUCCACAUUUAUUUCGUGGGGUGAAGAAAUCCAUACGGAAAUUGGUUUUAAUAAAGAAGAGUACGUAUGACUGUCAAAAACAGAAAGCGAUGGUCACACAUGUUUACUGCAAACUUUGUGCCAGGAAUAGCAAUUUUCUUAUGAUUUUAAAUUGAAACAAUGUUACAAAAUGUGUGCUCACGCAAACAACAUUUUGCGUGAGCAAUUUUUAUUGCUCGCCUUGCUCGCCCAAACCUAAAUUUGCGUGAGCAGUCAUCUGCUCGCCAUCAAUUUAUUCGUGGCCAGCCCUGUCUAUGGUUGACGGCACAGUCAUUUCAAUCUUUCACUUCGACAGGAAGUAAAGAGCAAACUAUCGCUAUGAAAGUGAAGCCAAUAUUUGAUUGGCUGAAUGUAAACAGUUUAUCGUGUUCUAGCCAAUCUAAAGUCUUGUAUGAAAUGCGUUUUAUUGCUUCCAGUGCGGCAAAAUAGGGGGUCUCAGAAUAGCUACGUAUAGAAGGCUUACUGCCAUGAACUUAAAGAUUAUGACCGAAAUAAGAGGAAAUAUAAAAACCUACGGAGACUACGUACAGUAGAGGUGUGUAAAUGCCAUGUGAAGCACGGAAAUUUAUGGCGUAGUGUACAAACUACGAAAUAGAAUAAUCUAAUUAUUCUCAAUUCAGGGAAAUUUUCUGCGUGUAUAUUUCGCAGAGUCCGUCAAUAUUUGCGUUUAUUUUGAAAAAAAUGCAUGAAAAACACAGAUUUUUGGGUGACUGCGACCUCUGGUCACGAUAUUUAGGAAAGUCAGAAUUCGCAUAUAUUGUGUUAAUUUUAAAGCCUUUCAUUCCCGUCUUUAAUAACCCGGUUGGUGCAGAAAAGUAGGAUGUUAAACCCUGUUUUAUAUCAUAUCAUCCUUCUGUUUGUGGUUACUAUGGUCACAGGUUUCUUGUACCUAUUUCCAUGCUCGCCUAUUGUAAUAAUAUAAUUAGGUCUUGAAACGGGACCAUUAUAAAGUAUCAGAUGCCCCUCAGAGAGUUUAUGUAGUAAGGAUGCAACAAAAAUAAUUGUAAAACGAAUAAUUGCAAUAUCUUUUCACGAUAAUCCAAAUAUUCAUAGUUUAAAGAUUCAUUAUCACAUUUUUUAAUCCAAAAUGAUUCUUUUUGAAGUAAGGAUUUUGUCGACAUUAUUGAAAGAGAAUUGGUUUCAGGCGAGUUAUUUGCCCCGGAGUUAGAAAUCGGAGUCAGACCAGUUAUUUCAUAAUCUCACUUACGAACAGGGAUUUAACAAACUUUAGACAUUAUACUUAGUCAUAGCCUAAUGUUUUUGGGUUUUUUUUUUAAUGGUCUGGGGCCUGUUUUACGAAAUUUUUACUAAGAUAAAAUCCAAAUUUUAGUAAUUUGAUUGGAUAAUAUUAGAUUGAUUUUAGUACUUAACCAAUCAAUAUUGAAGUAUCUACUAAAGUUUUGAUUUUAUCUAUAGUUAAGAUUUCAAGAAACAGGGCCCUGAAUUGAAAUAAAAUAAAUUGUUUCUUUUUUUGAGAUUUGAUUGUAUAUAAAUAGAAAUUAAAUUGAAAUAAAUGGCUAUACAGUGAAA